UAACGGGGAUUAUUUCACUGAUGAUGAGCUGAAGUCACGCAGACCUUUUUUUUUCUUUUUUAUCGCAGCUUUGUUGCCAUAACAGCGUGAAGCCGUGGUGCUUUGCAGUGAUUUUUUUUCCUCCGGAGGUUUUGCUGCUUAACAGCGCCUCUUAGCUGUUCAAUGUAAAUCAACGUAAAGCUCCGCAUCGAGACGCUUAUUGCUCGAUUUCGGACUUGCCUUGUAUAGUCAACAACACGGUCUCCUGCCAAACAGCCACGGCUGUCACACGCACGCGUGAAAUCUGACGUGAUGCUCUUGCCACCGUCCCAUUCAGCCGCUUGUUGGGAUCCUCCCUUCAGACAGUCGUGCGUAUGCGCUGGUAAAGAAACGACGGCAUUGUCAGAGCGGUGUUUAAACAGAAACGACCAGUUAACAGAAAUCAAUCAAUAGGUAACGUGAUCCGGGCUGAUUUCCUGCGGCAAUGUAAAGAUGGCGAGAGUGCUCCACAACUUGCUGAUAUUUUUAAUCAGUCUUGCGCUGAAAAUCAGAGUUUUGGGGUAUUGGUCAUUGAUAUACGGUUAUUGUGCUCUUUGCGCCAUCGUAGCCCUGCUGAAACUUUGGUGGAACAUCGUUUUAAGGCCGACAACAACCUUCCAAUGGGUGAUUCGUGAAACUCCCCCGGCUUGUCUGAAUGACACGUCCUUGGGAACCCACUGUUAUGUUAGGAUCAAGGAGUCUGGCCUCAGGUUCCACUAUGUUGCUGCUGGUGAGAGAGGAAAGCCCCUCAUGUUGUUUCUGCACGGCUUCCCUGAGUUCUGGUUUUCCUGGCGUUACCAGCUGCGUGAGUUCAAGAGUGAAUUUCGUGUGGUGGCCAUCGACAUGAGGGGCUACGGGGAGUCCGACCUGCCGCUCUCCACUGAGAGUUACCGCUUCGAAUACCUGGUCACGGAUGUCAAAGAUAUUGUGGAGUACUUAGGUUACAACAGAUGUUGCCUCGUUGGCCACGACUGGGGUGGGACCAUAGCGUGGCUGUUUGCGAUUCACUACCCCGAGAUGGUGACAAAACUCAUUGUUCUCAACUGUCCGCAUCCGUCUGUGUUCACAGAUUAUGCCCUGCGUCACCCGAGCCAGCUGCUGAAAUCCAGUCAUUACUUUUUCUUCCAGCUGCCCCGCUUCCCGGAGCUCAUGCUCUCCAUCAAUGAUUUCAAGGCUCUGAAGGCUUUGUUCACCAGCCGCAGCACAGGGAUCGGCAGGAAAGGCCGAUGGCUCACCGCAGAGGAUCUGGAAGCCUACCUGUACGCACUCUCACAACCGGGAGCUCUAACAGGAGCCCUCAACUAUUACAGGAAUGUCUUCAGCUCCCUCCCUCUGAGCCAUAACCACGUCAGGUCUCCGGUGCUGCUGCUGUGGGGAGAGCGGGAUGCCUUCUUGGAACAGGAAAUGGCCGAGGCUUGCCGCCUCUACAUCAGGAAUCAUUUCCGUCUUAACAUCAUUUCCGGGGCCAGUCACUGGCUGCAGCAGGACCAGCCCGAUAUCGUAAACACCCUCAUAUGGACCUUCCUCAAGGAGGGCGAGGGACGUAAAAGCUACAGGAACUAAAUCCACAGCGAGGCCUCCUCCAGCACCUCUCCUCUCCCCACUCACUCCCUGGAAGCCUGGAAUGUGCCUGUGACACCAAGCAACAUAGUGAUAAUGCAAUCAUUCUUUAAAUCUUUCACAUGUUUCAGAUAUUUUUUAAAGAAGUCAGCCGUAAAGGAAGAAAUCAAAGCACACUUCACCAGAGAGGACACCGAACAGUACGCGUGACACAUAUUCAAGAUGUUUUUUGCACACGACAUCCGCCUUAAAGUUUGUCGGUUUCAGCAUUACAAAUGUGUGGCAGAAUCUCCUUUGUGACUUGUAUUGUGUGGUGCCUUUUUAACUUUCGAGCUGUCGCAGUGUAACGAUGUCCUGCGAGACUGGGGAUGUGGCGUCGCCUGCUAUACUUGUGUGUUUCAACGGGUCGCUCCACUCCACUUUGGGCACAGUCCUUUGGGAGGCGUAACCCUCCCACUCCCUUUAUCAGGUAGUGUUGCUGAAAGGAGCUUUUUUUUUUCCCCUCGAAGAUUAAUGCUCAAAUGUAGAGAAUGCUAUCUUCCUGUAUAGAAAUGUCAGUGAUGGUUGACUAUUGUACUAUUUUGUAUCUCUUCCUACACACUGCAUUUUGAAAUUCACUGAGCCAGGUCUACACCAUUUGAUUUUAUAAAUAAACUAAGUGUCAA